AUGGAUAAGUAACAUUUAAAUGAUAAUGUAGAAUGGAAAACUAAGGAAGAACAAAUUAUUUAUGCAACCUUUGAAUCUAUGCAACUAAGGAAAGAACUUUUGAGAGGUACAAUAAAUAUCAACAAAGGUAUUGAUGCUUUUGGUUUUACACUACCAUAAGAAGUUCAACAGAGAGCAUUGGUCCCAAUGGUUUAGGGUCGAGAUGUUUUAAUCUAGAAUUAUAGGAGUACAGGGAAAACAACAGCAAUUAGUUUAUCAGUACUAUCAGUUGUUGAUUUAUCUGUAAAGUAGAAGUUUUUUAUAAUUCUUCAUAGAAAAAUCUAGGCGUUGAUUUUGUAGAAAACAAGGAAAUAAACAGAAUAAAAUGCAGACUUAAUAAAAACUUUGGGCAAAUUUCUUAAUGUUUCAAGUAAGACAUUUUGUGAAAUACCAAUAGUUCAUGCAUUUUCUGAAGGAAAUUCUAUAUAGGAUGAUAUCAGUGUACUUUAACAAGGAAUUUAAAUAGUCUUAGGUACUCUUGAUAGAGUUUUUAAUUUAAUUUAGAGAAUGGAAUUAAGUUUUGGCCAUUUAAAAAUGAUAAUUUUGGAUUAAGCUGAUGAAAUGUUGAUUGAUGAAUCUAAAUUAUAGGUUUACUGUAUUUAUAAAUAUUUGCAACCAAAAAUUUAGAAUGUCUUAGUCACAUCAACUUUAUCUUUAGAUAUACUAGAUUUGAUUGAGAAAUUCUUCAACAAUCCACUCAUGAUCAUGGACAAUAAAAAUGAACUGACAUUAGAAGGAAUUAAAUAGUUCUUUAUUCAAGUUGAUAAAGAGGAAUGGAAGUUCGAGACUUUAUGUGAUUUAUAUGAGACAGCAGCUAUUACCUAAUCAGUUGUCUAUUGCUCAACAAAAUAAAAAUGUGAAUGGUUAGCAAAUAAAAUGUUAGAAGGUAAAUUUAAUGUAGUUCAAAUACAUCAAGGCAUGAGUUAACAAUAAAGGGAUGAGAUUAUUAAGGAUUUUAAAUAAGGAAUUCAAAAAAUAUUGAUUGCUACUGAUAUUUUAGGAAGAUGUAUUGUUUGAAUAUAUUAUCAAAGGUCUUGAUAUUGAAUAUGUAUCUUUGAUUAUCAAUUAUGAUGUACCAAUAUCAAAGGAAUUAUACAUUUUCAGAAUUGGAAGAAAGGGUAAAUUUGGAAGAAAGGGAGUGGCCAUUACCUUGAUAAGGUAAGAAGACUUCAGAAUUCUAAAUGAAAUUGAAUAGUACUAUUCAACUCAGGUUGAAGAGUUACCAAUGAAUUUCGCUGAUAAUUUAUGA